AACAACAACAACAACAACAACAGCAGCAGCAACAGAAUAUGUAUCGAGCAAUGACACAAUAUCCUUCUAUGAAUAUGUCUUAUUACUCAAAUCAAAGACCAAUGUAUAAUGACCCUAUGUUCAUGAAUUCAUACUAUCAACCUCAUUAUGAUACUCGAUAUAGAGGAUAUCAACCAUUAACACGGACACGUACUUAUAGUUCAGUGAAAGACUUGUAUUAAAAUAAACAGUCUUGAUACAAAGUAGCCACAAACACUUUUUAUGUGUAAAAUAACCAUCUUUUUGCAACUAUAUCACAAACGAUACGAUAAAAUUUAUUUAAAAGACAUGUAUAUUCAACAUACAAAGACUUUUGAAUCUUGUAUAGUUUAAACAUAAAGUGAUGUCUUCUGCUUAAUAUUCUGUCAUAAAAAAAAAAAAA